UGCGGCGUUUGAUCACGUGUGACCGACAACGGGGCCACAACCUUUAGGCGCCCUUGUUGGUGCUUUUGUUCGUUGAGAUAUCUGUUACACGGGCUCCGGUGAUGCCGAAAAGCUCAAAAGGGAAGAAAGGACAACAGGCUGACUUUAAGAAAACGAAGCUCAAAUUGGGGAAGGGAAAGAAACUUGCAAGCAAUGCUACGGAUACGUCAUUCAAAGCAAAGACUAUUGCACUACCCCGACAAAGCAUAACCGUCAGAAAGGGUGACGACAUACCGAAGACACGUCGCAAUCUGACGUUUGACGAGCUAGUUACUCAUGCCCGUCACUAUAGUCCUGGGGUUCGAGCUGAUACCUUACGGGGAUUUAGAGAAAUCCUGAGCGAAAACCCAUCUAUCAUUACAGCCUCGCUGGGAACUCUCAUCAACGCUUGUGUAAAACUUAUAUCCGACGACGACGCAUCUGUACGGAAUGCUCUUAUCUCCUUCCUGUCUUGGCUCCUCCCAAUCAUCCCCAAGAGUAGCCUCAAGCCUCACAUGCCACUUCUUAUGCUAUUCACAGCAUCUGCUCUUUCUCACAUUUUCCCUGAGGUUCGGAUAGAUGCUGUCCGACUUCUCGAUGUGUUCCUUGAAGUGAUUCCAGAAGAGGUGGUCGGCGGUUGUUUCGGGCCAUCCAAUUCUGGUUCAUAUUCAGCCCAUUAUGCACAAGACGAAUCAUCGUCAAAGGGGAACGUUCAGCAUGGAAGGAGGCUACUUGAUGGGUAUUUGGCACAAUUAGAUAUCAAAUCCAAGCCUGAAGAGAAGGGUCCCUUUAGCUCCAUGUCCAGUCUUAUGUUAUCCACAAGUUCGAAAUCAAUUCUUCUCAAGUCUCUCUCAAACUUUUUAAGGGUCAGCUUGAGCCCCGAUGCGGCCAGCGAUGCGGAUAUGUCCAAUGGGUCCACAAGUUGGUCGGAGACACCUACAUGGUAUUUUGCUUCAUCCUUCGAAACUCGGGCAUCCUUCCAAUCAUUCGCGAGCCGUUCGAUUCCCACACGGACAGUGAGCGGUCGGCGGAAGGGAAGGAGCUCCCGAUGGAUCCCUGUUGCGUUGGAGGAGCAGGAUUCUUCCACUGAGGAGAACUCCUGUUGCCCUUCCAAUUUCUCGCUUGUCGACGAGGCGGGGCUCGGAGAAUGGAGCUUGGAUACGAUUCAGAGUGCCUGCGCUGACAACUUGAGCCGGGAUCCGCAUAAGGAGAAUGCAGUAGAAGAACUCGCCAUUAAGUUGCACCCUGUUCUCGUUGCAACAUGGCUUGACGUUGCCCCAUUGGUAUUCGCCCCGAGUAUGCGGACUCCCUUUGAUCCAGUCAACGUGGGACUCUUGCAUGUGGUGGGCCAAAUUGCAAGAACGUUGUAUGUGGUCCUAUUGGGUAGAGAUAACCGGCCGGAUAUUCAAGUAUUCGACAAUCUUCGAACGCUCCUUGGGUAUAUGGCGACAUACUUCCCUUUCCAUGCCGAGACAAUUCAUGAUUGUGGUUCUGAGAGCGAACAGCUAUUGCAAGAAUUGGGCUUAGUGAACUGCGAACUCACCUCGUUAUAUGUGACAUCCAGCUCGGGAGCCUCCCGAGGAAGUAAAAAUGAUUUUACGAAAGCCAAUGCAAAAGUUUUAAUACAGGAAGAUCGUGUUGGAGAUUAUGUUGUUGAGGCAUUACAGGGUACAAGAGUCACCUCUUCGAGGCCGAUGGGAACACCGCUGUCGGCGACGGCGUACAUUUCACUGCUCCCGACCCUGUGGUCGCUUAUCAACUCAAAGCAAGCCAGCAUGAGCGACAGUUGGUUUUCGGGGACAGAAACGGAAACGAUCGCUGAUCGAGUCCUUGCGGCUGUAUUGGAGCAUGGUUCUCGGACGAAUUCGAUGUCUGCGGUGAAACGACCAGCAAUUGAGUUCAUUGCCCGAUUGUGCCUUGUGAGUUCCGAACGGAUGUAUCGGGGUCGGUUUAAUCUGGGGGCCAACUCGCCCUCACGUUCUGAUUUUGUUAAAUGGAUUCUGGGUUUACCACGUUUCAUCUGGGAAUUGGGGACCAAGGACCUGCCGACAACAGAGACCACUCUUUUAUUCAUACUUCACGUGUGUCAAAGACGGCGCGGUCUGUUAAGCUCACAGGACACCCUGGAAUUGCGGCAACGCAUGUGCCCUUGCUUCAUUGUGAACCAUCCAACGAGAGGCAUGAUCUCUGGACCUUUUACCAAGAUUGAACAUGCUGGCUUGCGUCGGCUGUUUCUUGAAGUUGUUUUGGCGACGGCAAUCCCCGUGCGGCUCAUGGAUGUUGACGAUGCACUACCCGAGGCGUCGCUGAGAGCUGUUAUGGGAACUCUUGAUGAAAAUUUUCUACGUGAGGGAAUGCAGAUCAUGGGCUUCCCAAAGUCAUGUCUCGAUUCUUAUGACUAACCCUUGGGAAGGCCGAUCAGUUUGUGGAGUCGACCGAGUGCACUUGCACCUUUCCGUUGCGCUUUCUGGCCACAAUCGAUUGGAAAUUUUUUGGGGGAGUCUAAUACUGCGUGCAUCAUGAGACCAGACACCCACCAAUAGAUUUGAUUUUGUUUUUUGCGGUGAAUGGCCACAAAUUUGUAAUUUAUUCAGUGACAUAUUUGAUGGAAUAUAUGGGGGAUU